CGGUGCGUACUUCCGGCUGCCGGGUUGACAUGAAGAAGCAGCGGCGGCUAGGGCGGCGGUAGCGGCAGGAGUCGAGGCUUGCAGUGGGACUCAGGGCGAAGAGCGCGACGCGGCCUAGAGAGGCAGACGGCGCAGUGGGCCGAGAAGGAGGCGCAGCAACCCCCCCUGGCCCGUCAUGGAGAUGGAGAAGGAGUUCGAGCAGAUCGACAAGUCUGGGAGCUGGGCGGCCAUUUACCAGGAUAUCCGACACGAAGCCAGUGACUUCCCAUGUAGAGUGGCCAAGCUUCCUAAGAACAAAAACCGAAACAGGUACAGAGAUGUCAGUCCCUUUGACCACAGUCGGAUUAAACUUCAUCAAGAAGAUAACGACUACAUCAAUGCUAGUUUGAUAAAAAUGGAAGAAGCCCAGAGGAGUUACAUUCUCACCCAGGGCCCUCUGCCCAAUACCUGUGGUCACUUUUGGGAGAUGGUGUGGGAGCAGAAAAGCAGGGGCGUGGUCAUGCUCAACAGAGUGAUGGAGAAAGGCUCGUUAAAAUGUGCACAGUACUGGCCACAAAAAGAAGAAGAAGAAAUGAUCUUUGAAGACACAAAUUUGAAAUUGACAUUGAUCUCUGAAGAUAUUAAGUCAUACUACACAGUACGACAACUAGAAUUGGAAAACCUCACAUCUCAAGAAACUCGUGAGAUCUUACAUUUCCACUAUACCACAUGGCCUGACUUUGGAGUCCCCGAGUCGCCAGCCUCGUUUCUGAACUUUCUCUUCAAAGUCCGAGAGUCAGGGUCGCUCAGCGUGGAGUACGGCCCCAUCGUGGUGCAUUGCAGUGCUGGCAUUGGCAGGUCGGGGACCUUCUGUCUGGCUGACACCUGCCUCUUGCUGAUGGACAAAAGGAAAGACCCUUCUUCUGUCGACAUCAAGAAAGUUCUGUUAGAAAUGCGGAAGUUUCGGAUGGGGCUGAUCCAGACAGCAGACCAGCUCCGUUUCUCCUACCUGGCUGUAAUCGAAGGUGCCAAGUUCAUCAUGGGAGACUCUUCAGUUCAGGAACAAUGGAAAGAACUCUCCCACGAAGACCUGGAGCCCCCACCUGAGCACGUCCCCCCACCUCCCCGGCCUCCCAAACGAAUCCUGGAGCCACACAAUGGAAAGUGCAAGGAAUUCUUCCCAAAUCACCAGUGGGUAAAGGAUGAGACUGAGGAGGAUAAAGAAGAUGGCCCGGUCAAGGAGGAAACCAGAACCCCCUUCAAUGUCCCCUGCAGCCUGGAGAGUGCAAGUCAAGACACUGAAGUCCGAAGGCGGGUCGUGGGGGCCAUUCCUGCCCAAGGGGAGCUGUCGCCGCCCAAGGAGGAGCAGGACCAGGCGCUGACUCACUGGAAGCCCUUCCUGGUCAAUGUGUGCGUGGCCACAGUCCUCACAGCCGGCGCAUACCUCUGCUACAGGGUUUUGUGGCUGUUUCAAAGCUGGCUGCUGAGUAAACUGUAUGCUGCGUCCUCUCAGCAGGAUCCAUGAGACCCAGGAACAAAGAUGGUCUGUGGUCACGUGACCACACAACGCCCAACGAGGACAGUGGGGACCCGGAUGGUGGUGUCACACCCACUGUCACCUCAGUCGUUGUUUCAGAUACAAAGAAAAAUGGCAUCUAAGCUUUCAUGAAGAGGUGGAAUGUCAGUGUGGAAAAAAGUAACUAAAUCUGUAACUUUGAGCAGAAACCAGAUGGGGCCCAAGGCCAGAGAAGGGCCAUGCCGCCUCGUGUCUGCAAGGAGAGGGGACUCGGGGUCCCUCAGCAUGUGGAGAAUCAAAGGGGUGCCCUGCCCUGAGGCCUCCCUCCUCUACCCCUGCAUCUGUGUCA